UUACAGCACCAGCACAGCCACUGCUAUUUGUGAACUACAUCGAGAUGCGUAAAAAAAAUAAUCAAUAAAGGUUUUGAGUAAACAAUAUUUUAUCAACAUUUUUUUAUAUCAGUUACAUUGUGGAAUGUUAAAAGUGAACAGUAUAGUGAGAAAAUAUUAGACAAUAUUUGGUUCAAUAACCCUCCAAAAAUUGGUAAUACAGUGAACAAAGUAAGGCCAGAUAAUUACCGGUGUUUAUAGUUUUCAAGAAUUUGCCUUCCACCCGUUCCGCAAUGAUCUAGCAGAUUACAGCAAAAUAUAUACCAAUUUGUGAUAAUUUAAACUGUCAAAGAUAAUUUAAUGUCGAAUCAUCAAACUUUAAUUAAAAACGUUAAAAAUGAGCGUAGACAGUACGAACCCAGGCUCUUCCGGCGUGCCUACUUCUGUGAUGUUACAGACUCUGCCUCAGAUAGACGAGGAAGACCCCAAAAACACAAAGCCUCCAAAAGACAGGUUGCUAGAAUUUCUCGACAUACUAGAAGGACAUGUAGAACAGUUAAGAAAAAACGCCAGUCAGUUGGAAGAAGACAAGGACGCAGUAUUGGUUGCAUUGGAUUCAGUAAUCAACGCUGAUCUGCUUUACAAUUUAGAGGAUAAUGAUAGGGACGAUGUCAAUAGAUACGUAGAAAGAAUAAUAAACAGAUCUCUUACAGUGGAGGUUAAAGUACUCACUCAAAGAGAUAGAAUGCAAGAAGAUGCCUUAUACCAAGUCAACCAUCUCAUCGAUGGUCUAGUUGUGGUGAUGAAAACGGAUGCCGAAACAGCUCAGGCUAAAUGCAUUAGCUAUAUGAACGCUUGUUCGUCUAGCGUAGUCCAUGGAGUGACAGAUAAAAACUUUGAAUCAGCAUUACUUGGAUGCUCCUUGGACGAUCAAAAGAAAGUUAAGAGAAGAUUGCAGGGUUUAUUGAAUUAUUUUGAAAAAAUUAAAGUUGUUCCUUAUAAUAAUUAAAAACGAUUUAAUUAAUUAGAUUUUUAUUUUGGAAAAUUUUAAGUAGUACUUAGAAAAUUGAAUAAUCUUUAACAAGAUAGUCAAAGAGUAGUCAUAAAAGAAAAAGAAUAUUAAUCGUGUAUAAAAACAACUGGGAAUAAAAAAAAAUGAUAUACGAGAGCUGUCCAGAAAGUAACAUACGUUUUUAAAAUAACACAUUACCUGAAAAAAAAAUAAUUUUAUACAUUUUGAAGGUAAACUCUUAGGCUAUUUUUCUACAAAAUCGCCAUUUAAAUUAAGGCAUCUAUCAUAACGUGGUACAAUCUUUUCAAUGCCCUCUCUGUAGAAAUCUGCCACCUGCGAGUUCAACCACUGGUUUACACCGGCAUGCAGUUCAGCGUCAGUGUCAAAGCGUUGCGUAGCGAGCCACGUAUUCAUCGCUGGAAAUAGGUAGUAGUCGCUGGCGCUAAAUCCUGGCUGUACGGUGGAUUAUUGAAAACUUCGCAUUCAAACCCAUCCAAGAACUUUUGGGUACGAUUGGCCGUGUGUGGGCGAGCAUUGUCGUGGAAAAACAAAACUUUUUUGCUGAGUUUUCCACAUCAAAAAUCUGACGAUAAAUGUCAAUUGAUUUGUGAUUUUUCGCCAACAAGAACCUUAGCACAGCCCGCACUUUACAACUGGCGGGAUUUUCAAUUGCAGCGCUCAUUUCAACACUCCACUGUAAACAAAGUACGAUAUAAAACGAUUAGCAUGCUAUCACGGCUCGUUGCGUACUGAGUGUAGAAACCAGUGUUGCCAGAGCACUCUGCAGGAAUGUAAUAGAU